CUUACUAUGGGCGGGACUUCCGUUGUUAGGGCAAAUGUCCGGCGCUUGUUGUUGCUGAGCUGAGUGGGCAGCCGGCGCGUUCAGUGUUCCCUCUGUAUCACCAGAUCUUUUAGAUGGGAUAAACUGUAACCAUGUUCAGCUUUGAGGGAGAUUUCAAAACAAGGCCGACUGUAUCACUCGGGGGAGCGAGUAAAAAGGAAGAAAAAGCUUCCCUUUUGCAUCGCACACAGGAAGAACGGCGUAAAAGAGAGGAAGAAAGGAGGAGACUGAAAAAUGCAAUAAUCAUUCAGUCCUUUGUACGAGGCUACAAGGACAGAAAAAAGCAAUAUUCCAUACACAGAAGUGAGUUUGAUUCCUGGGUUAAUGCAACCACGUCUAAUGGAAGUUUAACCAAUGGGAGUACUCUUUCCUUAUUGGUGCGGAAGCUUCUCUUUUUUUAUAGGCAGAAUGGGGAUUCUCACCGUUUGAUAUGGAUUUGCCAGAAUUUAAUAAAACAGUGUUCCCAGUUUGUAAAACAGCUGACAGGCCCGGACAAAAUCAUCUGUCUGUAUCAAAUCAAGAGGCUUUUAGGGUUAUGUUGCAGGUUAUUACAGCACUGCCAGGAUGACAGUUUGAAUGUUGCACUACCUAUGAGAAUGGUGGAAGUAUUUUCAUCAGAGAAUACAUAUUUGCCUAUUCUGCAAAAUCCCACAUUGGUGGCAUCUUUAGUUGAACAAAUUUUGCACUACAUGAUUCAAAAAGGAUACUACAAAUCUCUCUACUUGUUAAUUAACCACAAACUUCCAUCUAGCAUUGAAUUUACGGAUGUCUCCAGAGUUCCUAUUGCAAAAAUACUUUUAGAAAAUUCUUUGAAACCAUUGCACUUUACAUAUGACUCAUGCUCCAAAGGUGCUAGGCAACACGUUUUCACUGCCUUUACAGAGGAGUUCUUGGCUGCACCGUACACCGAUCAAAUAUUCCAUUUCAUCAUUCCAGCAUUUGCAGACUUACAGACUGCUUUUCCUUAUGAACUCUUUUUGCAUGCACUACUAAUGGAUGAACACAGACAUUCACUGAAAAGAGAUCGAGCUCCUUGGCUCUUUUAUUUUGUUCUUACAGUUGGUGAAAACUACUUGGGCAACUUAUCUGAAGAAGGGAUGCUGGAAUACCUGAGGGUACUUCAGAUGUUUCUGUCUCAGUUACCUGUCUCUUCUACUUAUUCAAAGCAUCAAGAACUAGCUAGUGAUUCUGAAGAUGAUGACGAAGAUACUAGCAAGAUGGUUACCAAAAUUGGUGAUGGAAAAAUAUCUGUGCAAUAUAUUACAGAAGAGUGCCUAAAGAUAUUGGAUACCAAGCAACAGACAAACACUUUGCUCAGUAUGGUCUGGCGGGAUGCGGCCAGCGAGGAAGUCUUCACCCUGAUGGCAUCAAUCUGCCACACGUUAAUGGUUCAGCAUCGCAUGAUGGUGCCAAAAGUCAGAUUGCUUUACAGUCUGGCUUUCAAUGCUAGAUUUUUAAGACAUCUUUGGUAUUUGAUUUCUUCAAUGACCACAAGAAUGAUAACCGGGUCAAUGGUGCCGCUUCUUCAGGUGAUAUCCAGAGGUUCACCGAUGUCAUUAGAAGAUUCCAACAGGAUCAUCCCCCUGUUUUACCUGUUUAGUUCAUUAUUUAGUCACUCUCUUAUUUCAAUACAUGACAAUGAAUUCUUUGGAGACCCCAUUGAAGUUGCUGGGCUGAGACAAUCAUCGAUGAUGCCUUUCACGCUUGAAGAGUUGAUAAUGCUAUCCCGCUGCCUACGAGACGCAUGCUUAGGAAUUAUCAAGUUGGCCUACCCUGAAACAAAACCAGAGGUUCGAGAGGAGUAUAUAGUGGCAUUUAGAAGCGUUGGCGUUACAACCAAUAUUGAAAUGCAGCAACGUAUUCAAACAGAACAAAAAAGGUGGAUCCAGCUCUUUAAGGUAAUUACCAACUUAGUUAAAAUGUUAAAAGCCAGAGACACAAGAAGAAACUUUUGUCCACUGAAUCACUGGUUAUCGGAACAAGAAAAUAUUAAAGCUGAUAAGGUUACACAACUUUAUGUACCUUCAGCUAGGCAUGUAUGGAGGGUCAGACGGAUGGGAAGAAUUGGACCUUUGCAAUCUACUUUAGAUGUUGGUAUGGAGCCAGCGCCCCUCUCAGUUUCUGAAGAAAGGCAGUUGGCGAUACUGACUGAACUUCCAUUUGUAGUUCCUUUUGAGGAAAGAGUAAAGAUCUUUCAACGAUUGAUCUAUGCAGACAAACAAGAAGUCCAAGGAGAUGGGCCGUUUUUAGAUGGUAUCGAUGUUACCAUCAGAAGAAAUUAUAUAUAUGAGGAUUCCUAUGAGAAACUGUCUCCUGAAAAUGAACCUGAUCUAAAAAAAAGGAUCCGUGUUCAUUUACUUAACGCUCAUGGACUGGACGAAGCUGGUAUUGAUGGUGGUGGAAUUUUUAGGGAAUUUUUAAAUGAACUUCUGAAAUCUGGAUUUAAUCCGAACCAGGGAUUUUUUAAAACUACAAAUGAAGGGCUUUUAUACCCCAAUCCGGCAGCACAGACCCUUGUUAGCGAUUCAUUUGCAAGGCACUAUUACUUCUUGGGAAGGAUGUUGGGAAAGGCUCUGUAUGAAAACAUGCUUGUAGAGCUUCCUUUCGCUAGUUUCUUCCUGUCAAAGCUGCUGGGCACAAGUGCUGAUGUUGAUAUUCACCAUUUAGCAUCUUUAGAUCCAGAGAUGUACAGAAAUUUGCUUUUCCUUAAGAGCUAUGAAGGAGAUGUAGAAGAACUCGGUUUAAACUUUACGGUGGUAAAUAAUGAUCUCGGUGAAGCACAGGUGGUAGAAUUGAAGCUGGGUGGAAAAGAUAUUCCUGUAACAAGCGCUAACAGGAUCGCGUACAUCCAUCUUGUAGCGGACUAUAGGCUAAACAAGCAGAUCAGACAGCACUGCCUAGCAUUCAGGCAAGGGCUUGCAAAUGUGGUCAACUUAGAAUGGCUUAGGAUGUUUGAUCAGCAAGAAAUACAGGUCUUGAUUUCUGGUGCACAGAUUCCGAUCUGCCUUGAAGACCUGAAGGCAUUCACUAACUAUUCAGGAGGAUACUCUGCUGACCACCCUGUGAUAAAAAUCUUUUGGAGAGUUGUUGAAAACUUUACAGAAGAAGGAAAAAGAAAACUACUGAAAUUUGUGACCAGCUGUUCUCGACCACCGUUACUAGGGUUUAAAGAAUUGUACCCUGCUUUUUGUAUUCAUAACGGAGGAUCUGAUUUGGAAAGACUACCUACUGCAAGCACCUGUAUGAAUCUCCUGAAACUUCCAGAGUUUUAUGAUGAAAAUUUGAUGAAAAACAAGCUUCUUUAUGCCAUUGAAUGUGCCGCUGGCUUUGAAUUGAGCUGAGUUGGAGAAUAAAAUGUUUCACCAAGGGACUAAUAAUUAGUGCCUACACUUCACCAUCUAAUGUUAUUUCUGGAGAAUUGGCUUAAUUGAACUUAAAGCCAUUUUAAAAUCUGCCUUGUUCAAUGGCUGUUAUUGUUUAACUUGUCAUUGAUGCAGCGUUUUAAGAUUCUUAAUAAAAUGCAAUGUGUAAGGGGUGCUUUCCAGCUAAAAAUGAGCUUAUUUAAAGCACAGGGGUUUCUCAGUGGAGCUAACCAAAGAUAAAGAAUUGGCUUUGUGCUGUUAGGAUAUUAUCUCCAGAAGCAAAACAUUUUUAUAAAUAAACGAAAACUGGUUGUUUAAUGGUUUAAAACAGGGUUCCCCAUCUUGCAGAAAAAAAUAACAAUGCUUAGCAUACAAAACAGAGGGAUUAAUUUAGCCAGACCUAUUUCUCCUGCACCAGAAAUAUUACAAAUGUUUUAACAGUUUCUGCGUAUUUUGUUCUCUACCGUCACAAAACUGGUAAAACGUCCGAUGGUGGAGUUUAAAAAAUAUUUUAUUUGUUCUAUUAUGACCUAAAAAUAUGAUCAGUGGCUAAAACAAUACAAAAAAAGACUUUUAAAGAGUUGGUCUAUCUGUUUUAAGUGCUUAUGUACAAUGUACAACAUCAUGAGAAAAUGCUAUCCAUAAACCGAUGUGAAUAUAAUUGCUUUCUGUGUUUUGUUCCCAUUUCUGUACAGAUUUCUUUUGUAUCAGAUUUUUUGUCAUGUAGUACAUUUAUGGCUAAUAAGAAGAACAUAUAAUACCACCUAUUAAAUAUAAAUACAAUCAAGAAA